AUGGCCACGUGGCAAUGGCCGACGGCAGGCUUCUGUGGGUAUCCGAGCCGUGCGAUUUUGAAUGCCCCCCUCCGUGCCGCUGUAGGAUUGGUCACUGCUGGGGUGCAACGGGAUGGUACCCUUGUACGGGACACUCGCGCUCGUGGCAGGCAUCAGGAGCCCCUGCAUCUAACGGAGGCGAACGGAGGCGAACGGAGGCGAACGGAGGCGAACGGAGGCGAACGGAGGCGAACGGAGGCGAACGUAGUCGCUGCGCUUAACUCAGGACUAGGCUUGGAAUGAAGGGGAGGGUCGACGUAGGAGAAACAAGCUCGCAAGGCUGGGCCCCGACCGGCUGAGGAGGUGCAAACGGCAAAUUCGGCAAUCUAUUGAACUUAAGCGGGCAACAGGAUCAGGUUCCUUGCAUGGCGGGCUCCAUACGUGCCCCUCCGGGAUGGAUGGCUGUCAUCCUCCUUGGAGGCAUGAUAUUCCUAGUUGCUGCCUCGCAUGCAAGUGCUCGCCUACUCAAGCAUGAGAAGGCUCGGACAUACGAUGGCCACGUGGCAAUGGCCGACGGCAGGCUUCUGUGGGUAUCCGAGCCGUGCGAUUUUGA